CAAAGCAAAGCUGUCAAAUCAGUGUCCGUGUUUUUCCUCUUGAACGCAUUUCGUCAGCCAAGCAUCUUCUCUAAACAGCAAGUUUUUGUAAGUUAUUUGUAAAAUGCAGGCAAAACUUGCUGCGGUUUUCCAUCGGAGUUUUCUUUUGUCAAGCCGGACACCCGCCGUGAUGUGAAUGUAUAGUGCUAGAUCAAAGCUCGUUUUAUGACAGUGUUUUGGAAUCGGAAUUCUGGGGUUCCCUAUGUGUGAAAAAGGUAAAGCAGUGGCUGUAGAAGCAAUAACUUGAGGAGAGAGUUUCUAUCCGCUUCGGUAGCAAAGGCCAACGCCAGCCAGCCAGUGUAGUGUGUAUUAAAAUUCAAGACCUGUGUGCUUGUGCAUAACUGUGCGACGAAUCGCGAAAGUGCAGUCGAGAGCGAAUAAAGGCAGCAUCAGUCCGUGAUUGGUAUGGGAAAAGGGGUGUGUGAGCAGUAUAUGGUUUAAAAAAAAAGACGAAGUAAAAUAGUUGUGCUGUAUUAUUUGAUGUUUUUGCCUCGGAGCGCUCUGCUUCUAUUCAAUUUGUCGUCAAAUCGUUCGUGAGUGAACGGCCUUUCUCUUUCACGGCAGUAGCGGUAGCAAAACAAUAAGGGCAAGCAAAACACCCCAACAGCCCGUGGAUCGGAACUGUGAACAAGUCGCCCACCAGUUCGAGCCGCGAGGCAGCGCACAACAGCGACUGGCUGACUUAAAAGUUUUGUUUUGCUUUGAUGGCCUUUUUCGUUCCGAAAAGCGAACUGUUUCGUUGAGUGUUUUUGUGUAGGCUAGCUACGUGGGACAUAGCUCUAGCUUUAUAUCGAAGGGUGGAUUUUUGUUUCCACCCAUAGACGUUUCAAAUUAGAACCAUUAUGUUCUGUGCGGUUGAAUCAAUAGCACUAGCACAGAAAUCAAUAUAAAUUGUGCAUAGAAACUGCGUUGCAAACUUUCAAUAAGGUGUUGAUCGCUGGAUUAUGAUGAUUCAGUUUGCCCCGGAUGCCGUCAUCGUCAAUUACUUUAACGCAUAUCAUAAGGCACAACAGUGGAGACAGCAAAGAUGGCAGGAACGCUUUUCGUGGGGCGAGUAAGCCGGUUCUAGCGGACCCUAGCAGAAAAAGCAUUAUCUUUGCAGCUGAUUCCUUCCCCAAACGGUGCCGAGAGUAAGAAUGCUCUACUUGGCAGCGUUCGCCACUAACAGCUUCUGGAUCUACUGCACUCUAUCGGUAGUGGUCAUGGUGACCCUGGUCACGAUCCUGGCUUCAUGCCUGUGUUGCAGGAAGCAAGAAAUCAAAAAUGACCUACUCGGUCUGGAGGGCAUGGUAAAGUUAACAAACCCGGAGGAUACCAUAGCCAGCCAGGGGAGCACCUCCAUGACGGCAGCCACCACCGUUGCCCUCGGUGGACCGGGCCCGGAUCAGACCGAUUGCAGCGAACCGGAAAGUAUAAGUAAAAGAGCAUCAGGUGCGCCACAUCGUAGCUUACCAGAUAUUCCGGUUGUUGAACCAGCUGGUGAUAAUAAUUCCGAGCUGUAUGCAACGGUAGGCGAUAAAGUGCAGGAUUUGCCACAGGGAAAUCGAAGUCCAACAUCAAGUCUGAAGAAACAGGCUAGCGUGUCACAGCAUAGUUCGAUAAGCCAGGCGGAUGAUAUUAGCUCCCCGUAUGCACGCGUUCGGUCACCGCCUCACGCGUACGAUAAAUUACGCAGGACCGAGCAUCCGUACGCGCAAGUGGUACAGCCGGGUGGCAGUGGAUCAAUAGCGCAAGUAGCUGUUUCUGGUGAUGACGAACUGCUCAGUCCAAUUUCGAGACGCACAACAACUGCUCCCGGUGCAGGAAUGGCGGCAAACAGCGGGGGCGGUAGAGAUUCGAACCAGAGCUUGCUGGACGAGCGCGAAGGCUCUUCUGCUGAUAUUCCGGCUGCUUCAGCCAUCGCUGGUCGAGUUUCUGCCAGUCAAGAUCUACCGUAUAUGACGCCACCAAUUGUACAACCGCAGCAACACUUUAGCGGUGACUCGCAAGACUCCUCAAAAGGUUACACCAGCAUCAGUGUCCGAGAGCCUCUAGCCAAUCUUUUACCUCAGUCACAGAACCAAACCAGCGCACAGAGACGACAGCUGAUGGGUGAUUCGCAUUACGCCACCGUGUCGGAUGAUUCCGAUGAAAUGUAUGCAGCAAUAGAAGAUCCGAACAAUCAGGGAGAUCUGUACACUAGUGGAUCGGAAACGUACGCGCAAAUUCAACCGCCCAACAUGGUGACGGUGUCGGUUGAAAUCAACACCGGAGCAUCGAGCCGACCGCCUGCCGCAGGUCAAGCUGAAGAUUCGAUCGAUGCACUUCAGCCCCUCCCUGCCCCGUCCUCAAGUGCAAUAACACUCCACAAUCGCCUAAGUAGCAGCAGCGGAACUAACGUCCCCCCGGUGGAUGAUUCUCCGGCGCCCCUUCCAAUCGAUAGCCUUCGGGCGCAUCAGUCAGCACACGCAGCAUACGCACAUUCACGGCAGGCAUCAAGUUCGAGCUGCACCAGCUCCGUUGGUAAUCUCGGUUCUCCCAAACCAGAGAAACGGCAAGCCAAUUCACCCCUUCCACCGACACCAAAGACCUUGAAGCACCAGUCUACCAGUAGUUUCUUUAGCAAUUCGAACCUCACCUCGAUCAGCUCCAACACGUCAACACAGACCGCCCAGUCAGGACGAAAUUCCGCUGCCUCGGUGAUCGAGUACAAAUGCUCACGCGAAAACAUAGCCAUAGGCAAACUGGGUGACUCUGCUGACGGUGGUCAUCUUGCAAAUGGUUCGGCUGGCAAACCGAAAAAGAGUCCCUCAAAGGAUCUGGAAGGGAUGUAUGCGAAGGUCAUGAAGAAAAACAAACUAUCGAAGGCUCCAUCGCAAAGCUCCAGCCCGGUGCCAAUUCGUAAAGAAGGAACCGCUCUGCUAGCGGAUGCGGAACAAUUUCUCUCCGACCCAGAGAUGGCUCAUCUGAACGGCAGCAGUUCCAUCCACGGGUCUCCUAGCAAAAAAGCGUUGCCAACGAUCAGCUCGGGGAACGAUUACGAAACAUUGGAGAAGAAACAUGUACGCCAGCAGCGUCAUGAGCAGCAGGAUCCAGGAUACGAAACCAUUCCCGGUGACAGCGGUCCCAAGAGUAGCGUUCUGGUAGAGAUGAGAAAGUCGGCUGACUUUGCACAAAUGCAAAAGCGUGCCCUGGCUGUUGCUCAAGGUAUUCAAAGUGUUUCCCGCAACUCGUUGGAAAUUUUUCACGGGCUCGAUAAAUCCGCGGCGGACGGGGAACCAGGCUACGAAAGUUUGCCCGGUGGCAAUGACCCGGGGUAUGAAACAUUAAAUCGAAACCACGCGGAGUCAGAUUCCGAUCCGAACUACGAAAUCUUAAGACCAACAGUACGAAAUAACGAUGGCUACAGCAGCAUCAGAGAUAAAAGAUCGGCCAAAAAUCGACUUGAUUUUGGGAAAGACGACGACAACGAUAGCACACCGGGUUACAGCAGCAUCAAGGAGAGAAUCGAUUACGAUCCAGGGUACAGUGUAAUAUCGGAAAAACGAAAGCCACCACUGGGACAUGAUUACGCGAGCAUCACCGAGGAAACGAAACGGAAAAGACAAAACUUGAACAACAAUAAUCCCGAUCCGGGCGAAGAGUCUGAUAUUUAUUCGAGCAUCACGAAUGCACCACUUGUUGGCAGCGGACCGGUCACCGUACCAUCCAGUGUCGGCAACAAUAACUAUUCCACAAUUCCGGAGCCAACCAAUCUAACGUCCUCACCCGGUUACUCAAGCAUCUCGGAAACCCGAACCACACCCUCGACCGACAGCACCAGUUCUCCGGACAACUUGAUGGGAUACGCCAAACACCACAACAACACAGCCACGAACAAUAGCAACAGCAGGCUCUCUUCAAACUACGAAUCUCUGACCGGCAGCGAAUCCGACCCGAACUACGAAUCGGUAAAAUACCUGAACGUACGGGAGAAUCCGUACGAACGGCUGCACAAUGAGUCGGGCCAAACGCCUUCCACGGCUGGUCCGUCGUCUGCCGAUUCGCUGAACCGACGGUCGGUUGAUUCAAGCCAGCUGAACGAUAUCACCACCGGCUCGGACACGAUUUCCGUCGAGUGCGCGACCGCUGCCAGCGGCGCCAAAACACCGUCCGUGUGUGAACUGGAGGUAACUGGCGUGAGCGAUUAUUUCCAGGUUUGAUUUGUCUUCCGGGAGUGUCCCGCCGUGGCUUAGUUUUCGUUCCUUGCUCGUUCAUUUGUGCAAAUUGUAAGUAUUUUUCAAGGUAUUUAUUUUAUUUUUCGUCUUUUUUUUUGUUUUGUUUUGUUAAAACGUCUGAACGCAGAAAAUGGCCUCCAGCGUAAAAGAUUAUGAUUACCGAUUAGACUUAGGCUUAGCACAACACAGAUGAAUAAUAUAUUUCAGGAGCUGCUGGUUUUCUAUUCGUUUAUCUUUCGUCGGUGAGAAGUUAUCACACGAUAGUGCAAUUGUGUAGAAAACUUUACUUUUAUUUGUAUCUUUCAUUUACAAACGCAAACACACUAAUAAUAACGUGACCAUUUUUUUUUAUACACAGUUUAAUUAAGGAACAUGGAGAGGAUCAUCAUUUUUAAAAAAUGAUGUUAAUAAAAGGCAUAUAAUGUAAUAUUUAAUAAUUUAAUAGUAACCGCAUGUAAGGAAAUUAUUUAUUGUUAUAGUCGAUCCACGCUUCUAGCGUGGAAAAACGACGAUCGUUUAGGGAUACAAAGACACAAAGGUUGAACAAAAAUUAUGUUUUUUUCCUUAUUUUACACGUCUUAUAUAAUACAUAGUGAAUGGUUCAGCAUACAAAAUAAAUCGACUAAAACAUUCCACCGUGAAACCAACCCGGCUAAAUCUAAACCGGUAGCUCUAGCUAGAGCAAGCACCGAGUAGAAUUAAUCGAAUAACCGUUUACAAACUUACAAUACUACAUAAUUGCUAAUCGUAUUUAUUAGUCGAUAAGAGUGCCGCAACCCGCAACAACACCAACGAAACCCAACGUUUUUUGACUUUGUAUUGUUUUGUGCGCCUUGUUUGUUCCGGCUUACGUGCGAAACGCGUUCGCUGCCAGCUUCGUUUGAGUGAUUGAACAAUUUGAAUGGACGUGUCGUAAUAUAAUAUACAUAUUCAUAAAAUAUA